ACUGCUAGCAAUGGCGCUGCGGGCUGGCCAGCUCUUUCCUCCGUGUCUCCUCGCGGCCGCUUUGUUAUUGCUCGCGAGCGGACCGCAGUUUGCACUUUGUUGCCCGAGUCGCUGUUUAUGCUUCAGAACCACCGUGAGAUGUAUGCACCUCAACCUGGAAACUGUGCCGGCAGUUUCUCCUCAGACUACCAUUCUGGACCUGAGGUUCAAUAAAAUCAAGGAUUUACAACCAGCCUCCUUCAGACGAUUAAAGAACCUCAACACACUCCUCCUCAACAACAAUCAUAUACGAAGGGUCCCCAGAGGAGCAUUUGAAGACCUGGAAAACCUCAAAUAUCUCUAUUUGUACAAGAAUGAAAUCCAAUCAAUUGACAGACAAGCAUUUAAGGGGCUUGUCUCUCUUGAGCAACUGUACCUGCACUUCAACAACAUUGAGUCUCUGGAACCAGAAUCAUUCACUCACCUACCGAAGCUGGAACGACUGUUUUUGCACAACAACAGAAUCUCCCAGCUCGUCCCGGGAACCUUCUCUCAUCUUCAAGCCAUGAAGCGACUGCGACUGGAUUCCAAUGCGUUAAACUGUGACUGCGAGCUGCUGUGGCUGGCUGACCUGCUGAAGCAGUAUGCUGAGUCAGGCAACGCUCAGGCUGCUGCCACCUGCGAGUACCCCAGCCGCCUCCAGGGCCGAUCUGUGGCAACGCUCACCGCAGAGGAGCUCAACUGUGAGGUACCGAGGAUCACCUCAGAGCCUCAGGAUGUGGACGUGACGUCGGGGAACACCGUCUACUUCACCUGUAGGGCUGAAGGCAACCCCAAACCCCAGAUCAUCUGGCUCCGGAACAACAACGCUCUGAACAUGCGUGAUGACAGUCGUCUGAACCUGCUGGAGGACGGGACGCUAAUGAUUCAGGACACCAGGGAGACAGACCAGGGAGUCUACCAGUGCAUGGCCAAAAACGUGGCCGGCGAGGUUAAGACUUCACAGGUCACGCUGCGAUACUUUGGAGCCCCCUUACGGCCAAGCUUUGUGAUCCAGCCCCAGAACACCGAGGUGCUGGUGGGAGAGAGUGUGACCCUGGAGUGUAGCGCCACGGGCCAACCACACCCCCGGGUCUCUUGGACGAAGGGCGAUCGCACACCCCUGUCCAACGACGCCCGCAUCACCAUCACCCCCUCCGGAGGGCUUUACAUCCAGAAUGUGGACCAGGCGGAUGGGGGGCAGUACACAUGUUUUGCCUCCAAUAAUGUGGAUACUAUACACGCUACGGCGUAUAUCAUCGUACAAGCGAUCCCCCAGUUCACGGUCACACCACAGGACCAGUCAAUCCUGGAGGGUCACACGGUUGACUUCCCCUGUGAGGCAAAUGGUUACCCCAAGCCGGUAAUCGCCUGGACGCGCGGGGGCAGUCCGUUACCCCUCGACCGCCGCUACGUGGUCCUGGCCUCCAGCACUCUGCGCAUCACUCGGGUGGCGGCCCACGACGAGGGCCAGUAUGAGUGCCAGGCGGUCAGCCCGGUGGGGACUGUGCGCACCAAUGUGCAGCUCAGCAUCCAGCAAAGAGUAACGCCUGUUUUCACAAAUGCUCCAAGGGACCUGACGGUGGAGUCUGGCCAGGACGUCCAGAUUCCCUGCAGCGCUCAGGGCCAGCCUCAACCUGCCCUCACCUGGAACAAGGAUCGUGUGCAGGUCACAGAGAGUGGCAAGUUCCACAUCAGCCCCGAGGGUUAUCUCGAGGUGAGAGACGUGGGCAGUGCCGACGGCGGUCGCUACGAGUGCGUCGCACGCAAUCCUAUCGGCUACCAGGUCGCCAGCAUGGUGCUCACCGUCACAGUUCCUGCCGUCAGCAGACAGGGCGACACCUUCGUGAGCACGUCUAUCGAGCAGGCCAUCCGUACCGUGGACAGGGCUAUCGAGUCCACCAGGAGACGCCUCUUUGAUGGGCAGCCACGUACCCCAGGGGAGUUGCUCGCUCUCUUCCGGUAUCCACGGGACCCCUACACAGUGGAGCAGGCGCGGGCCGGGGAGAUCUUUGAGCAGACGCUACUGCUCAUCCAGAACCACGUCAACCAGGGUCUCACGGUCGAUACCAAUGGCACCGCAUUCCGCUACAACGACCUGGUGUCCCCUCACUUUCUGGAUGUGAUCGCCAACCUGUCGGGAUGCACGGCCCACCGGCGCUUCAACAACUGCUCCGACAUCUGCUUCCACCAGAAGUACCGCAGCCACGACGGCACCUGCAACAACCUGCAGCACCCGAUGUGGGGCGCCUCGCUCACGGCCUUCGAGCGGCUCCUGAAGUCGGUCUACGACAACGGCUUCAACCUGCCGAGGGGGGCAAAUGAGCGGCUGCACAACGGCUACAGGCUCCCUCUGCCGAGGUUGGUGUCCACCUUCAUGAUCGGAACGGAGACCAUCACUCCCGACGACCGCUACACCCACAUGCUGAUGCAGUGGGGCCAGUUCCUGGACCACGACUUGGACUCGACCGUGGCGGCACUCAGUCAGUCGCGGUUCUCCGACGGCCAGCUGUGCACUCAGGUCUGCACCAAUGACCCGCCGUGCUUUCCGAUCCACUUCCCGCCCAAUGACCCGCGGCAGCAGCGGAGCGGCGCCCGCUGCAUGUUCUUUGUCCGGUCCAGCCCUGUGUGCGGCAGCGGGAUGACCUCUCUCCUCAUGAACAGCGUGUACCCGAGAGAGCAGAUCAACCAGCUGACCUCUUACAUUGAUGCUUCCAACGUCUACGGCAACUCACGCCACGAAUCAGAGGAAAUAAGAGAUUUGGCCAGCCAACGAGGUCUGCUCCGGCAAGGCAUCAUCCAGCGGACGGGGAAGCCUCUCCUGCCCUUUGCCGCUGGACCUCCCACUGAGUGUAUGAGGGAUGAAAACGAGAGUCCAAUUCCAUGUUUCUUAGCUGGAGACCACCGGGCCAAUGAACAGCUGGGUCUGACCGCCAUGCACACGGUGUGGUUCAGGGAACACAACCGCGUAGCGACGGAGCUGCUGAGACUCAACCCCCACUGGGACGGGGACACCAUCUACCACGAGGCCAGGAAGAUAGUGGGGGCCCAGAUGCAGCACAUCACCUACAGGCACUGGUUGCCAAAGAUCCUGGGUGAGGCAGGCAUGACGUGGAUGGGGCCAUACGCCGGUUACAACCCCAAUGUCAACACCGGCAUCCUCAACGCUUUCGCCACGGCCGCGUUCCGCUUCGGGCACACCCUCAUCAACCCGAUACUCUACAGGCUGGACGACGACUUCCAGCCCAUCCCCCAGGGACACAUCUCGCUGCACCGGGCCUUCUUCUCCCCGUUCCGCAUCGUGAACGAGGGCGGCAUCGACCCGCUGCUUCGCGGGCUCUUUGGCGCCGCUGGCAAAAUGCGGGUCUCCACUCAGAUGCUGAAUACGGAGCUGACGGAGAGGCUGUUCUCCAUGGUCCACGCUGUGGCACUGGACCUGGCCGCCAUGAAUAUACAGAGAGGAAGGGACCACGGUAUCCCUCCGUACAAUGACUACAGGGUCUUCUGCAAUCUGACCUCGGCUCAGACCUUUGAUGACCUGAGGAACGAAAUUAAAAAUCCUAACGUCAGAGAGAAACUGCAGAGGCUGUAUGGCACUCCAAUGAACAUCGAUCUGUUCCCUGCGCUGAUGGCUGAAGACCUGGUCCCCGGCAGCAGAGUGGGGCCCACCCUCAUGUGUCUGCUGGCUACCCAGUUCAAACGCCUGCAGGAUGGAGACAGGUUCUGGUACGAGAACCCGGGUGUGUUCUCUCCCGCCCAGCUGACGCAGCUGAAGCAGGCGUCGCUGACGAGGGUGCUGUGCGACAACGGGGACAACAUCACACGUGUCCAGCAGGACGUCUUCAAGGUGGCCGAGCUGCCCCACGGCUACGGCAGCUGUGACGACGUCCCUCAGAUUGACCUGCGCAUGUGGCAGGACUGCUGUGAAGACUGCAGAACCAAGGGUCAGUUCAACGCCCUGUCUUACCACUUCAGAGGACGCCGAUCGGCUGAGCACAGCUACAAGGAGGAGGGGCUGGCCAACAGCGUGCAGGAGAGCAGCCCAGUGAAGGAAGCCGGACAAAGUAUUGUAAAUGUCACUCUGACCUCUAAAAAAAACACUGAACCAUCGAUCACUGAAUUCCAGGACUUUGUCUCCGACAUGCAGAAGACCAUCACAAGUUUACGAAAGCAGAUUAAAAGACUCGAGGCCCGUCUGAGCAAGACCGCCUGCACUGACAGCGAGGCACGUGAGCGGACAGAUGGAGAGCGCUGGAAGCAGGACUCCUGCACCACAUGUGAAUGCAGAGACACCCAGGUGACCUGCUUCGUGGAGUCUUGUCCACCAGCUGAGUGCAAACGGCCCGUCAAGCUAAAAGGCUCCUGCUGCCCGGUGUGCCGCGAACAAGCCGAUGUUGAGAAGCAGCCUGGAGCGGACGCCGGUCACGAAUAACCCUCAGGACCCCCCAUCACCCCCCUCCCCCCACGACGGACUCACUCCAGUUGCUGAAAGUCACACACUCACUCACACAUCCAGAGAGCGGCUGGGACUCAUGAAGGUGGGCCGAUCCACAGCCACCAAUAGCCGCGAUAGACCCAAUAGCCUCCGGGUUUUUUUCAUUUUGUAUUGUUUUUUUAUUGAUUGGGGGAGGGGUGAUUACAUUUUUUGGGAUGGUUGCCCCCACCAGGGACAGCAGCCUGAGGCUCGGUUUAAACAGUGGCCGGCAGCCAGUGAUCACUAAAUGGAUUGUGUCUACACCGAUGGGUGGACGGAUGGAUGAGUAGGUGGAUUGUAAACACGCCAGACGGACAACGUCUCCUCCUCGCUCGGAGCCCUUUGAGGCUCCGGGAGUUUAACAAAUAGAAACUUCCAGUAACACAUGGUGACAAACACGCAGGGCCACAUGCCGUCAACCAGCAGGAGAGGUUGUCUCACAAGUUUCUCAGGUUAAAGAUGCCAAAAACUGGUGCUAUUGUCCCCCUUUGUUCUUUCAAGAUUUGUAAUCACUACGUACAAACCUUAAGUAUUGUCUUUUGUAUGCAAAACAACCUAUAAACACUCAGUAUAUACCUUUUUAUGAUAAAUCACAAUUACGAGGAGGGUUUCCUUCAAACUAAAAGACUUUGUAUGAAUAGAUUUCAUUUUUUAUCCAAGGUGCGUUUUACCCUGUUGUUCCCCCCCCCCUUCCUUUUAUAUAGAAACGCUUACAUAUGAAGAUAAUGUGAAGCCCUAGGAACAUGUUUGUAAUACAAAAGAGAGUCUAUGAUCACUGCUCCUCUAGCCGCGGACAACUUGUUAGUCGCCUUCCUCAUCGUCUCUGCCGGCCUGUCCUGAACUUGAGUGAAGUGGAGCCGCGGAGCACUGGACACUCGCACCAGCUGUCGCUCUGUUGUGCUCCUCUCCAAGUUUCAUGUUGCUUUCAGAAAAGCAGUGAAAGAUGAUCCUUUUUUUUUUAAACCACUGUAAUGUUGUGAACUUUGACCCAGUAUUUCCCUCGGUCUCCUAAAGCCAAAUGUACGAGUUAGUUCUUUCUCCAGUGGCCUAAACAUCACAUAUCUAUGAAACUGUGUGUGAAUGUUGUGAUGAGGUCAGGAUGUGGCCGCUGGUACUUCUCACUCGACCACAGCAGUAUUGUCCCUGCUCCGCGUUGCUUGUUGUUCGUGUCGAGUCCCCACUGAAGGACGUCCACACCGCCCCUCUCUGCCGUGGUGGACCUCCCAGCUCCGGUUUAGACAAGGUCACAAUCGCAUGCAUUCCUUUGUCCAAGCAUCCACUUUGACUUCUCCCUCUUCUACAUCUUUCUGUUUCCCCCCUCGUGUGUGCUCAGUGUUUGGAUAUUUCCCCCUGUGGUGUUGAUGUAGGUGAGGAAUGCUUUUCCCACUCAUGUUUCUUUGCCAUGUUCAAGUCUUUUCUCUUUUUCCCCCCUCGCCUCGGGGUGACGUCAUUUGGCAGAUGUGUGGAGUGCAGGCCUCUCCGGCGCUCUGACCCUCAUUCCGCUGUAAUGAGAUCCAUAUGAAAAGGGCAGCAAGGGGUGGUGUCGGGGGAGGGCUGCUCAUGAUUGGGGUACAGUGUCAAUCAAAACGAGUCUCCUGUCUUGCCAUUGUGAGAUUUAGUCCACUGACCCCCCUGUCAGCCGGCCGUAAACAUGGACGGUCCUCGGACCACCCAUUGUCCCCCGUGCACUGGCCCGCCGAGUGUUCUUUGUGUUUGGCUCCUCAUUAUGGUGAAGAGGCUCCCGUGUUCCUCUCCAUUGUUUUCUCUAAGCAUCUGUCAGCGAACAGAAUAAUGCCCUCCGGAAUGUUCCGUCUGCAUUCCAGAUGGAUUACUGCUAAAAUGGUAUCAUAUCAAAUGUUUAAAUAUGCUGAACUGGAUCAAAUUGUGUGUUUGAAGCUAUUUGAACUAUAUAUAUACAGUAUAUAUAUACAUAUAUAUAUACAUGUGUGUUCCUCUCCAUUACUUCCUGAUUGUGGCUCUUCCAACAUGUAAACAUCGUAUUAAUGUGCGCAAAAAAGUGUUUGUACGUUUAAAUGGAUUUUGUAUUUUUUUAUAUUUUCAUAAACGUUGUGUAUGAAUGUGUGUCUCUUUUUUAUUUACAGGCUAAGCAUUUUGGCAAGUGCCCCAAGGUCUGCCUGUCAGAGCACUGUGAGCUCUCUAAGUUACCAGUCUUCAUAUAACUGUGGAAUUCGUUAAUUUUUUGGUUUUUAUCCCCCCCCCCCCCCUAAAAGAAAAACCUCUCCACGUGUCAAUGUGAUGCUCUGCAAGACUGAACAUUCCAGACUCUGUCCGUUCACCAGUGGUCAAUAUGGAUAAAAUAGUACCUAUCAUGACAUGUGUAUUGUACGUUUGCCAAAGAAUGGUUUGCACUGUAAUGUACGCCUCUCGACAGUAAGAGUAAAUAAAUAAAUAAACCACAUUUGGAUGAGA